AUGGCACCCAAUUUUGAGAAGGUGAAGCUUUUCAGCAGCCACAAGAAAGAAAUGGCGCCACCUGGCUACAUCGGCAAAGCGAUUGAGGAACCUACUAAUCUCGAGACUGGCAGUUUCUUGACUGAAACCCAGAGAAACAACAAUGUCGACACAAACAAUCACGGUGACAACCCGUACUUGGACCGGUACAGAGCCCUGAUUACCAUGAACGGCUGCGCGCAGGCGUCCCUGAGUGACAUCGAGACGCCGAGCGAUUGGCUGAAUACCGAUCUCAGAGAUGGCCUUUCGACAUUGGAUGUUGAACGGAGACGGAAAUUCACUGGGUGGAACGAGCUGGCUUCUGAAAAGGGGAACAUGCUUCUCAAUUUCAUUGGCUUCUUCCGUGGACCGGUUCUCUAUGUCAUGGAAGUUGCAGUCAUCGUCGCCCUCGGCAUGGAGGACUGGCUGGACGCUGGUAUCAUCAUCGGUAUCCUCUUGCUCAACGCCGUCGUUGGUUGGUACCAGGAAAAGCAAGCAGCGGAUGUCGUGGCUAGUCUGAAGGGCGACAUUGCUAUGAAGGCACGCGUCGUCCGGGAUGGUCAGGAACAAGAGAUUUGGGCCAGAGAAUUGGUACCGGGGAGACAUUCUCAUCAUCGAGGGCGGGAUGUGACUUCACCGCGCCGUGAGAAGUUCGAAGAGGAUGAUGAGGAAAGAACACCACACAUCGGCCAUGCCAUCAUGACCGACACUGUCUUCUACACCACCGGUUGCAAGCGCGGCAAGGCGUAUGGUGUUGUUACCUGCGGUGCCAAGGCCUCCUGCGUCGGCAAGACAGCUACUCUCGUGCAAGGCACAAAAGAUUCUGGUCAUUUCAAGGCUAUUAUGGACUCCAUCGGCACAACCCUUCUCGUUCUCGUUGGUUUCUGGAUCCUGGUUGCCUGGAUUGGUGAUUUCUACCGCAACCUGCACAUCGUCCUGCCCGAAGAGUCGUCCAGCAACCUGCUGACCUAUGCUCUGAUUCUCCUAAUCAUUGGAGUCCCCGUCGGCUUGCCGGUCGUCACGACUACUACCCUCGCCGUCGGUGCGGCAUAUCUAGCCAAGGAGAAAGCAAUUGUUCAGAAGCUCACGGCCAUCGACUCGCUCGCGGGUGUGGACAUCCUCUGCUCCGUCAAGACCGGUACCCUCACCGCCAACCGGCUUUCCGUCCGCGAGCCCUUCGUCAUGGAAGGUGUGGACAUCAACUGGAUGAUGGCCGUCGCCGCUCUGGCCUCGUCGCACAACAUCAAGGCGCUCGACCCCAUCGACAAGAUCACCGUUCUGACCCUCAAGAGAUACCCCAAAGCCAAAGGCAUGAUUAGCGAGGACUGGAAGACUGACAAGUUCACCCCCUUCGACCCGUCUCCAAGCGGAUCACUGCCGUCUUUAUGCACAAUGGCCGCGGAGCAGGAGGCCCUGUUCAAGGAGAAGGCCACGAAAUUUUCUCGCAGCGGUUUCCGCUCCCUCGCCGUCGCCAUCCAAGAUGAGGACGGCCCCUGGGAGAUGCUCGGCAUAAUCUCGCUCUUCGACCACCUUCGUUCCGAUACCGCCCAGACCAUUGCUGAGGCCCAGGCUCUUGGUCUUUCCGUCAAAAUGUUAACUGGCGAUGCCAUUGCCAUUGCCAAAGAGACUUGUCGAAUGUUGGCGCUCGGAACCAAGGUUUAUAACUCUGACAAACUCCUUCACAGCGACAUGGCUGGCACUGCGAUGCACGACCUCUGUCGUCGAGAUGCUCCAGCAGCGCGGUCAUCUGACAGCCAUGACUGGCGACGUGUCAACGAUGCCCCCUCGCUCAAGAAGUCCGACUGCGGCAUUCCCGUUGAAGGCGCUACCGAGGCGGCGCCAGCUGCUGCCGAUAUCGUUCUCCUCGCUCCUGGUCUCAGUACUAUCGCCUCAGCAAUCGAAAUUUCCCGGCAAAUUUUUCAGCGCAUGAAGGCCCAUAUCCAGUACCUCACGUCCAUGAUCAACAUCAACGAGACGAUCCGCGCCGACCUCAUCGUCUUCCUCGCCCUGUUCGCCGAUCUAGCUACUAUCGCCGUCGCCUACGACACAGCGCACUUUGAGAAGCGCCCCGUCGAGUGGCAGCUGCCCAAGAUCUGGAUCAUCAGCGUGGUCCUGGGCUCCCUGCUUGCGCUCGACACGUGGGUCCUCCGCGGCACGCUCUAUCCAGAACCACGGCGGCAUCCAAGAGAUCAUUUUCCUCCAGGAGAAUUGCUCUUCGUGACGCGCGGCUUCGAGAUCACGCAGUCGUGGCAGCUCGUCAGCGCCAUCUUCGGCGUUGACGUCCUGGCGACGCUCUUCGCGGGCUUCAGCUGGUUCAGCGGCGGGGCCGGCGAGCCUCUCCCCGGCCUCGCUGUCGACCAAGCUCUCGAAGAGUGA